AUGAGCAAUCUCGACUCGACCCUUGCCGGCCACGCCGUGCCAAAACCAGGAGCGUCGCAGCCUACAAAUGAUGGACUGGAUCUGAUUGAGGAGCACAUCCUCCCCAAACUCGACCCCGAAUUUCUCCAGUAUUUCAUCGACGUCAUCGCCAAGCAACCGCCCGCCCACACAAUCCCCAUUGAGGAGGUUCGCAAAAGUCCUCAAAAACAUCAGCCGCCUUGUGCUCUCGAUUCUUCUAAAGAAAAGGGCGUAGGUGACCAUGUUGUUAGCUCGCAAGAUGGCACAAGCAUCCCGGUGCGAGUCUACCACCCGGUUGAAGACGAGCGAGGAGUUGUGCGACCCGGCCCCCAUCCUGUGCACCUAAACUUCCACGGAGGCGGCUUUGUGCUCGGUGACCUGCACUCAGAGGCGGGUCUGUGCUUGGUGAUGCGCAGGGCCGGUGUUGUCGUGGUUGAUGUCAACUAUCGGCAUUGUCCAGGUACAGUCUCACAAAUGUUGUUCGGGCCGGGUGCCAGCUCUGACUCGGUCGUGGUAGAAACGAUAUGGGGCAAGUGCAUCCAGGAUGCAUGGGCCGCGCUCAACUGGGUCCGUGAUGAACAUGUCAGCCUCAACGUCGACCCCUUCUCCAUCUCGAUCGGCGGCGUCUCCGCUGGCGGUCACAUCUCGCUAGUCUUGCAGCACAUGGCUAGAGAUGCCGGGAUCCCGCUUAAGCUGUGCAUGCCCACCGUGCCCCCCACCACUGACUGCCUCAGUCUCGACUACUACACCCAAUCUCCCUAUCCGUCCUUCCACGAGUUCCACCAGGGGCCAGUCCUGCCGUGGAAGCGGAUCAAGUAUUUUGGCAACCAGUGCAUGCCGCGAGACAAGCUGCCGGAAAUCAGAAAGAUGUGGCCCGACUGGUGGCUUGCCCCCAUGCGUGCUCCCAACUGGAGUGGGUUAUGUAAUACCUACAUCCGCACCGCAGAAGUGGAUCCGCUGCGGGACGAGGGAGAAGCCUAUGCAAUGAAACUUGUUGCUAACGGCACCAUGGUCACUCUCAAGCGGUACUUGGGAUGUCCCCAUACAUUUAUGUACUUGGGCGUCCUGUCACAGAAAAGGCAGUGGGACGAAGAUAGCAUCCAUGCUCUCAAGGUUGCCCAUGGGUUACGGAAAUAA